GUGAUUAUAAAUUGAAGUAAAGCCGUAAGUAAACCCACGGCGGGAAAAGGACCCAGAUCAGAAUCCGGCAGGACCCAGGCCUUGAAACGCAUAGGAAAGACAGAAGUGGCGCAGCUAGUGGGACAGGAGUCGAGCCUUACCCGUCCAGACCGCAUCAUCAUUAUCCAUCGACCGGAUGGGACUAGACAUGGAUGGGUGUAUGUCGCAUCUUUGACAGAAGAUGGUGUCCGCUUCUGUUGGGGAUCUUAUCUUUGAUCAAUGAUCAAUUGGUCAGUUUCGAGAGCUCACCCCAAAGGACGAAGCAUGGCCCAAGACCAGUCCCGCCUCUCCACUAGCGGAUCAGGCCCCAUCAUGGAUUCCACCUCGGAAUCGCCGUCCCCAACGUCGCUCUCCAUUUUAGACUCUCAUCACGCCCACGACGCCACUAACACCACUCAGGCCAUUGACCCUACGCCCACCAUGGCGGCCCAUCCCGAUGCCCACGUGGCUGAAGACCCGUCCGAUCUGGCGGAUCAUGCCCGCCUGUCCCCCAACCGUCCUUCACAAUCCUUAAAUCUCCGAUUAGAUGACUCUUUGAGUCAGUCGAUUGAAGAAAUCAGUCCCGAUCCCACAUCCGUCCCGCAUUCCCCCCCUCCGACCAGCCUCAGCCAUGUUUUACAAUCCCAAAACCCGCCCGACGACACGAUCGAGGAUGAAGAUUUGUUUGAAGAAGACGUCGUGCCGACGGAUUUGUUGGUUGGAUCCACGCCCACUGGGCCGGAAAAACGCACUCUGGACGGGGAGACUGACACGGGCCAUUCGCCAGAGGACAGGCCCCGUAAGGUCGGUCGGUGGGCCGAAUCAUCUUUGGAGCUUGAAGUGGCACCGACCACCCAUGAUGACUCCAGUAUCUCUGUCAUUGAACCAUCAAAUCAGUCGGGCAAUGAUUCGGUCGUGAUUUUACAUCAAACAUCCGCUCGAAACCCAAUCCCAGACAAAUCGCCUCUGAAGUUGACACCAUUGUCCAUCUCGCCCGAUGGCCGACUUCGAGACUUGGACUCUGAUCCCAUUUUUACCGGAGAAGUCCGUAAAAAAUCACCCAUUUCUAUCCCAAUCAAAGAUCAAUCGCCACUGAAACUUCGGCCGUUGACGAUCUCGCCGGAAGACCGACUUCGGGACUUGGAUUCUGAUCCCAUUUUUACCAAGGUCGCCCCCAAGACCUCAUCAUCAGAAUCAGCAGACAGUACACGCCCCACCAUGACUAGCGCAGAAAGUGAAGACUCCACUCCCAUAGCCAAAUCAUCGUAUCAGACUCAGAGUGCGGUGGGCGAUGAUGAGGCCUCAUCCUCUCUGCAUGGAUUACCCUCGGCCGGAUCCAGUCAACUCAAUACUCCCAAACCGUAUGAUCCAUCGAGUCACUCAAGGCAAGAAAAGCUUGAUUCCAACCACUUGAUGGGAACGCAAUCGGAUCUUUCCGUGAGUCCCAUUGAUGCCGAACGCAUGAAGGAUCGGAUGGAGAUGAUCCGAAGUGCGCGAAAAGCCACCAGUACCCCGGGGGUACUUCGAUCGCCUCGAAAAAGACCGGCUCAACGGGCAUUGCUCACGGAAUCAUCAGAAGACGAGAAAAUAAAAGCCAGAGAGAACCGGAGGAAGCCGAAAGUGUCUUCACCCAAAAAGGCAAAAUCAGAAACGACCGUCAGCUUUAAAGAGCCUCAAUCCAAAUCAUCGGACGCCUUUGCUAUGUUCCUUGGGCCUCUUAGUAAGGAAGAACAUGAUGAGAUCGUCUCGCGAUUUCACAACAAGGUGAUAUUUGAUCAACGUCUGGACGCGAUAAAACCUGAAGAGCAACUUAAAGGAUUGAAAGAGAGAAUGGUCAAUAGUCCUAGUUUCGACAUUGGCCCUCUUCGAAGGUCAAGGGUAUCUGACGUGACCCAAAUUAGUGUUCACUCUCAUUCAAGCUCAACUUCCGCCGCCUCAUCCACCGGUUACUCGGCCGAUGUAUCCAGCGGGAUAUCAUCUUCGAGUGGUAGCGAUGUCCGCAGCAAAAGAGAUCGUUUGUCCACAAUGCCUGAGAUGGACAUUGAGCCGCACAAUGUCAUGGCUCCUUUGCCCAAGUCUGGAUUUUUGAACAAAAAAAACGUGGAAAUAGUUCAAUCUUUAGCCACAUCAAUCCCAUCUCAAAGUGUUCCAUCCUCAUCUUUGUCGCUUCCUCCGACUCCUGCUACUCUCAAACCGACACUUACGAAAAGCGUCUCCGACGGCAAUCCGGGGGGAUCUCUUCAUCUUUAUGCAGAUUGCCCAGUUUUUGCCAAGUUCAUUGAAAGAAUGACGUUAAUCAAUUUUUGGCCCGCCAUCGUUGUCAAACACGAAGAGGACGAUUUAUGGCGAGUGCAAUUCACGGAUAAGGUUGAGAAAGUGCUAAAGCUUCAAGAUCUCAUUCCCGCCGUUUCCCUAGUGAAAGGGCACGAAGUGAACGUAUUUCUUGACGAAAAGAACCGGGGGAGCUACCAAAUUGGAAAAGUGGCCUCAUUUGCCGAUCAAACCAAUGGAGUGGCUUAUUUAAUCGAAUUUGAAAAUUCCGGAGACGAUGAAACCACUGAGGAGGCUCGACUCGUCUCGUUUGACAAGAUAUUUCUUAGCACUGAUCAAACGAAGAUUAUUCAACAGGCUCUGGGAGGACCAUGGACGCUCUCCACCGCUUCCUCUACCGGAGCCGAUAUUAGUCUGGAUAACAUCAUGGACUCGGGCCGUCGUAGAGGAGCAAAAUUAGGGUCAGUGUUAUCCUCUCCCAUUUCGACACCCAAGAGAACUCCAAAUCGAACUCCAAGGGGUCGAAAGAAGGGUGGUGCUUAUAUAGAAACGAGUGCUGUUGAAACUGAAGUGGAAGAUACGAUUAGAAAGUCUACUUCAGCCACGUUCAAAAAGAAGAGCACGAGAAGAAGAAUCCUUCAAACCACUGACGAGGACACAAAUGACGAGACCAACGGAUCCGAAGCAUUUCAGCACAUCAACGGCAAAAGUCAGUCCAUUUUCAAGGGGAUGAAAUUCAUCCUGACACAAGGAACUAAGACUUCCAACGACAACUACGAUACCGAAACCGACGAAACGAGUGACUUGGAUCGUUCAAGAAACGACAUCGAAGAACACUUUGAUCGUGCGGAAAUUGCCGAACUGAUUCGGCAACACGGUGGCACUGUCCUCAAGACAUUUCCUGGAGCUCAUCAAAGCAUUCCCAAAGAGCUGCUCGUCAUUUCCGACCGUGAGUGCCGAACCAUGACAUACUUACUAGGCGUAGCCUAUGGGUACCCCAGAGUGAACUACAGGUGGAUCUCUGAUAGUGUCAGAGAACGAGACACACUUCCAAUCAAGCACUACUCCCUACCCGUUGGAAUCAGCUCAGAAGGGGGAAGGGUCAUCGAGAGUCAUUCAUCUCCGUUGACAGAGCUCUUUAAAGGUUUGACCGUACUUGUGGCUUCCACAAGUACCCAGUUUCGUGAAGAUUGGAAGCCAUUGUUAACACGUUUAGGUGCAAAUGUGUACAGUCGAGCCAAAGGUAAGAUCGACGCCAAGCUUGCCAAGCUUGAUGUUGUGGUCACGGAGCCACCCGAGCCUACCACUUUGGUUGCCGAUGCCAAGAGCAAGCAAAUACCUGUGGUAACAACUGAAUGGGUGAUACAAUCCUUGAUAAACGGCCGGAUCUUGAACCAGGACAAUUUUUUGGCUCAAACAGAACAAAAAUAGUUGCCCUUUUUUAAAUAAAGAACCAACCACUCUUAAAAGCCAGAAUAGCAAUUUGUAUUUUUGUUAAAUUGUUGCAUAAUAAAGGGGAAAAAAAUCAA